AUGUUCUCUGUGGCUUCCUCCCACUGUCCAAAAACACAAAGUGACCUUAGGAGUGAGGGCUGGCCCUGUGCUGGGCAGCCCCCUCCUGGUGAACAGGAAGAAAGGCAGGAUGGACUCUGUCUCCAUGAUGGGCUCCAGGAGGAGUCCCCUGUUCCUCACGCCGUCCUCCCUGCACCACUUCCACCCCCCCCCCAGAGCUGCGUGCUGCUGAGCGGCGUGAGAAGCAGGGCCCCGGACCCGGGGCCCCCCCGCCCGCCGCCCGCCCCCCCCGCCGUGGCCGUCCUGGGCUCGGGCGACUUCUCCCGGUGCCUGAGCGUCCGGCUGCUGCGCUGCGGCUUCAGCGUGGUGGUGGGCAGCCGCCAGCCCAAAAUGGCCGCCCAUGCCUUCCCCCACGUGGUGGAUGUGACCCACUAUGAGGAUGCCGUGGGAAAAGCGGGAAUAGUGUUCUUGGCCAUCCGGCGGGAGCACUACUCUGCUUUGUGGGACCUCAAGCAUUUAAUGGAAGGGAAAGUGGUGGUGGAUGUGAGUAACAACAGGAGGGUGAAUCAGUAUCCGGAGUCGAACGCGGAGUAUCUGGCCUCUCUGCUGCCAGAAGCCUUCGUGGUCAAAGGCUUCAACGUGUUCAUAUGCAGUGACUCGGUGGAGGCCCGGCUGCAGAUUAUGGAAUUAGCCCGCCAGCUCCACUUCCAGCCCGUGGACAUGGGCGCCCUGUCUUCUUCCCGUGAGAUCGAGAACAUCCCCAUCCAGUUAUUUCCGGGUUGGAAAGGCCCCGUCCUCGCUGCCGUGGCCCUGUCCAUCUUCUUUUUUGCUUACUCUUUUAUAAGGGAUAUCAUCCACCCCUAUGUCAGAUACAAGCAAAGUGACUUCUACAAGAUCCCCAUAGAGAUAGUCAACCGGACGCUGCCCACUGUGGCCAUCACCCUCCUGGCCCUGGUGUACCUGGCCGGUCAGUUGGCGGCCGCCCACCAGCUCUACUACGGAACCAAAUACAAACAUUUCCCGCACUGGCUGGAAGGCUGGCUCCAGAGCAGAAAACAGCUCGGCCUAAUCAGCUUUUUCCUGGCCGCCGUCCACGUGCUCUACAGCCUCUGUCUCCCCCUCAGGAGGUCAGAGAGGUACCUGCUGCUCAACACCGCCUACCAGCAGAUCCAUGCCAAUGUGGAGAAUGUGUGGAAUGAGGAAGAAGUGUGGAGGGUGGAGAUGUACGUUUCCUUUGGGGUGAUGAGCUUUGGGCUCCUGUCUCUGCUGGCCAUCACCUCCAUUCCUUCCAUCAACAGCUCACUCAACUGGAGGGAAUUCAGCUUUAUACAGUCCACCCUGGGUUACGUGGCCCUCCUCAUAGCCACCCUCCACGGGCUGCUGUUUGGCUGGAAGCGGGCCCUGGAGGAGGAGGCCUACCGGUUCUACCUGCCCCCCAGCUUCGUGGUGUCCCUGGCCCUGCCGGUGGUGGUGGUCCUGGGGAAGGCGCUGAUGCUGCUCCCCUGUUUGGCCUGCAAGCUCCACCAGAUCCGCAAGGGGCUGGACAGCAGCCGGCACCAGUGCCAGCGCCUGGAGCCGGUGGGGUCAGCGGCCAAUAUCUCCCCCGAAAGAGUCACCAUCAUGUGAUCGUUGGUUUCACAAAAUCAAAUUAGCACUGUUCAUGUUUGCCCCUGUUGUCUCUGCUGUGGACGGUUUUUGCUGUGCUCGUGUGGCUGUUAAUAUUCACUGUAUCUCCUCGUAAAAUGUCACGUUUUAAUGUUCCGCCCCUUAAAAACAGUGACACUGAUGUCCGAUUGCUUUCAUUUGAGUUAACAAGAACUCUGCUGCUGUGUGUCUGUUCAUGAGUUGUGGGGAAAAGAAAAUAAGUUAACCUGAAGUGGUUGUGUUUUUGUGAGAAAAAAAAAAAAGUUUCAUGUUCUAUUGCCAAAGAAUCCUUUGUUGGAAAUGUGAAUAAAAAGUUUUAAUGAA